AUGCCCUCAUCAGCGGCGCCAGGCAGGACUGCCAACGAUGUUGGCUCCCUACGCACUACCAUCGAGACUGCAGACACAGUUGUCCGUCAGUCCAUAGAAAUCCUGGACGGUCUCUCAGCUGUCACAAUAGAAGAUAAGCCCGAGUUGGACGUUGUCGCUUUGGCUAGAGACUCGGCGGCCCUUUUACGCGCGCACACCACCAAAAUAUCUCUGCUCAUAAUAAACGAGCCCUUCACGCCCAGUGCGAUAUCGAAAGUCCUUCGCGAACUCAUUGGGGGUCCAGUGCCGUCUCUGGUAUCAGCAGCACAGUUCUGCGUCCCCAGUCGCUACACAGGUCCUUUCCGGGAUAUUUUGGUUGCUGCUUGCCGCAGUGUACUGCAUGCGCUCCGAGAUCUCGUCCAGAUAAUACCAACCAACGGAAAGGCCUUGUCCGAUAACUUGGCAAGUGGCACAAACUCAAAGGCGCAUAGCUUACAGGUCACUGGAAUUGUUUGGAAUCGUUGCGACGAGGUCAAGCGCCUGGCGGACAAGGGCAUCGCGGGAUGCCUCGUCGAGAAAGUGGAAAGGUAUCGCGACGAACUCAAGGAUGUCAUGGAGGAGUUGAAGGAGUGGGGUGAGGAAACCGGUGACAGUGACGAAGAUGACGACACAAGCGACUUCGACGGGCCAGAGAACAAGCUCACGGCUACUCAGGAUAUGCUUGACGACCUUAUGAACUCCCACGGUACAAUCCCAGCCGACGACCCUGACAAAAUAAGAGAGAGGCUGGAAUCAUGUUUACGGCGACUUCGCCUGAUGACAUUAUUAUACCAGGCCAUCAACAAAAGGAGAAUCAAGACGUUGCCAAAGCUACCGACGUCGACACCAUGCGUGGAUUUUGACAGGGUUAGGGAUAGCUUUCGCAUCCUCGGUGGGAUGAUUGAUGGCCUCUGUGAUGUUGCAGAUGCUUUCUACGGGUUGGAUAAAGAAAGAAUCGAUCUCGAAAUGAAGGAGAAAUUCGGGGAGGCCUCCAAAGUUGCAGAAAUACUCAGGAAACCAUGGGGAGAAGCCGAAACGGAUGAGUUUACGGAAUGGGCAAAAAAGUUUCAAGAGCAAAUAACCAAGUCAUGA